CAGACGCCAACUGCAGUGAAAGAUGCGCGUCGUCCCAAGGCGCGCGAGCAUGUGAGACGCGGCGCCCAGUUUGGCAUGUUUGCAGCCAGCCUGGGUUCAACUUCACCGACCACUAUACCACGUCACCCCAACACAAUGCGCACGUAAUGUGACAUGCAUUCCAAUGGGCGCUUCCGACUCCAAACUCAGCUUCAAGCAGGGCAUCUUCCGCCUUUCGGAGCCGAAGCAGAUCCCCGCCGAUGAUGCGUACUGGACAGGCUUCUGGGAGCUGCCCGAGUCCGCUGAGGACGUCUUCUCGCUCUUCUCCCCGGCCGAUAUCCGUCGCACACGGGACAACAACCUAGAAAACCUCGAAACGCUUAUCCUCGCCGUGACCUCGCGCCUGUGCGUCCUGCGCAAUCACCCCUCGUUCCCCGAUCCUGAUCUUGCGCCCGAGCGAGAUGCGCUGAAUUGUAUCCGUGUCCUUACCCGCAUCUUGCCGUUUAUAUACGAGGCGGACCAUCUAGAGUCAUGGGAAGACAAGUUCUUCUGGGGAGCGCGGCGGAAGCGCAGCCGGCGGGGACAGCUUGUGGGGAGCGAGCUUCUCUUCGACGAGGCAGACCCGGAACAGACGCCAACCGAGAGAGAGCCCGAGUUCGAGAACGCGAAGCCGCUUGCCGAGGAGAUCAUCGACACGCUGAUUGACCUGCUCUUCUUCUCCGAGUUCACACUGCCCAAGGUGCCCGCGGGGAAGAACAAGGUCACAUACGCAAUAUGGCAGAGCGGAGUGGGCUGUAACACACCCAUCGCUUCGACAAAAGAGUUUGAGAACAACAGGACGGAAAUCUUGCGCCUGCUGCUCACGCUGGCGAGCAAGUCAAUGUACAUGUCGGCCAAUGUCUUACCUGUAAAAGGUGUCAAUGCUAUCACGUACAUGGCGACUUGCCCCGACAAGCAGGUUGUGCUGUCGGUGCUAUGCUCGCUUCUAAACACGACUCUGAAAUACAAUCCUGCGUCAUGGCGUGUACCCUACGAUCACGUCGUGUUCAAGGAUCAGAAGCAGAUAUUGGUCACGUAUUGUCUGCAAUUGCUCCUCGUCCUCAUCUUGUACCCGAUACCGGAGCCAGGCAACGGACCUCCGCCAAAGAACUUCUUCCGGCAUUUUCUCGGCCGUUUACACCGUCCUCAGGACUUCCAGUUCUUGGUCGAUGGCAUGACGAGGAUACUGAAUCAACCACUCCAAGCGACCACUUCGUAUCUGCCUGGGAGCCACAAGUCGUUGACGUGGGCGCCCGAGAUGAUCAUGCUGUUCUGGGAAGCCCUCCAAUGCAACAAGCGCUUCCGUUCGUUCAUCAUAGAUACCGACCGAGCGCACGAUUUUAUCGUGCUAGUGCUCUAUUAUGCCAUUGACCAGCGCAACGAGCCUACCAAGCAAGGUCUGGUGAGGAUGUGUGUCUUUGUCCUGCAGACUCUCAGUGUGGAGCCCCACUUUGGGAAGAGCCUCAAUAAGCCGUUUGAGGGCCAAGAAUCACUCCCUGCGAGCAUUCGGAUCCCUAACUUUCACGGCACCUAUGCCGACUACUUGAUCACCUCUAUUUACACCCUUCUUACCACCAGUAAAGGGAAACUGGAUGCCAUCUACCCAGCGCUGCUGGCUAUCAUCAAUAACAUAGCUGCCUAUGUUCAGAACCUCGGACGCGCCCCCAGCUCGAAAUUGGUUCAGUUGUUUGCGUCCAUGUCUUCGCCGAGCUUCCUGUUAGCAAAUGAGAACAACCACACCCUGCUUCAGUCUUUGCUCGAAGCCCUGAAUGCCAUGAUUGAGCAUCAAUAUCAUCAUAACCCAAACCUUGUCUAUGCAAUCAUACGGUCACGGAAAAGGUUCCAGGCUUUGCGAGAGUUCACGCUAGAGAGUGGGCAGGAAGAGAUCGAGCGGCAGAAUCAGCUGCGAAAAGAGAACGGGGGCGAGCUACAUAGAGAUUCGAUCGACAGCUUAAGAAGUCCGACGGUCUCGCGUACCCCCACCUUAAGUAACGUGCCGGAGGAAAACAAUGCGUUUACUAUUGGAGACGACGAGGAUUCAGACGCGGACGAUAGCCAACACCCAGCUCCACCACGAUCGCCAUUGCAGUCCACCGGAGGUGCUUCAAGAAGCGCAUCCAUCGCAUCGUCAGUUGAUGAGUCGGUGCCUUUCCAACUGCGAGGCAUGUCUGAAAAGGCGCGCGGAAAGAUGCCUGUUGGACAGCCCGCAUUUUCUCGGCAGAACAGUACGACGAGCCUGAACAGCGUAGCAACUCCUACUCUGGGCGCAAAUGAGUUCUUCACCCCAUCUACCGCAUGGAUCGAAAGCUGGCUUCCGGAGUUGCCGCUGCACACGAUCUUGAUGCUGAUAUCACAGCUCAGCCCCAAGAUGCCGACCGGGGGAAGCGUUGGUACGGACACGGCAGCUGCCCUGGAAACGAUCCGCGAAACUGAAGUUCGGGGCAUUGAGCCUUCACCUAUCCGGGUUCAUCUCUUCGAAUGGUCGCCCUUGUCCCUUGGAUGGUAUGAGUCGCUACUUUGGGGAUUCGUCUUCGCGGGAGAAAUGCUCGUCUCCAAAGGCACGGCGGGCGUCUGGAACAACACUAGCAUAAGGCUGUUUAAGGUCCAAGAAGCGGCUGCCCAAACACCGUCCCUGAUGGCACCCAGAGGAGCGAUCGAUGCCGUCGGGGCUGGCGUGGUCCAGCGAAUUGGUAGUCUUAAUCUAAGGGGGUCGGCCAACCAGGCGUCGCAGCGGGGUACUACCAGCAGUGGCAACAACCCCGGCGGGAGAGAGAGCGUUCGCGAGGUCUAAGCGACCUGUCAGGUCGGUGACCCCAGAGAGUGGCCACGUUGCUAUUUAUUGUCGAAGAAAUAUUCAAGCUCUACGCUUUGA